AUGAUUGAUGAUCUCCUAAGGUAUAGAACUGGUGCUAGACAUGUGCAAUUCUACACGACACAUCCUGGCUGCUCAAUAAUGAAGGUGAAUCCUCUGUCUUGUUUGCUAUGUCGGAAUGGUUUCCGACAUCUACUACUCGUUCUGGGCUUCAUUUGUCUUGUUUCCGUGAAUUCAAAUCAUAUUAUCAUCAAUUUCACCUUCAUUUGUAUGGCAAGGCCGCUACGAGGAAAUGUGGACGUAACUUCGAAUAAUAAUACGUCAGAGACAAUCCUGGACUACACCCCAACUGAGAAGAGUGCGAUCAUAUGGGCUGUAGCAGUUGGCACUAUCGUAGGAACAUUCCCCAUCAAUUAUUUUUACACUAAGUAUGGAGCAAGAUGGCCCUACUUUGUUGCUGGAAUGAUGACAAGCAUAUCUACAGCAUUGAUUCCUGUAGCUGCAUUUUUCGAUCUAAAAAUGUUGCUAUUUAUGCGUUUUGUUCAGGGACUUGCUUAUGCCGCUAAUUUUGGAGCGAUAGGGACGAUGUGUGUCCGAUGGGCGCCUCUUUCUGAAGUCGGAUUUUUUAUUAGUGUCCUCACGAGUUUCACUCCCGUAUCGUCCGUCAUCACAAAUCCGUUGUCAGGAUGGUUGUGCAACACAAGUGGUGGAUGGCCUUUGGCUUUUUAUACUCAUGCAGCGUUCUGUUUCAUCAUGUUCUUACUCUGGAUAAUUUCCUAUAGGGACGAUCCACAAUAUCAUCCAAGCGUCAGCACGAAAGAACUAGCCAAAAUUCAGAAAAAUAAGACGAAAGCACACAUUGAACGCGACAGUUUUGUUCCCUACAAGGAACUUUUACAAAACAAAAUUAUUUGGAUAGUAUGGUUUAAUGCUUUCGUAGAAAUGGUUGGUUUAACCAUUGUGUUGACCUAUGCUCCACUCUACUUCCACCUUAUACUUGGAUACGAAGUCGGAACUACCGGAACACUUGUCUCACUUUCUGCUGUUAUUCAUCUUCCUGUCAAAUUCUCCGGCGGAAUAAUUAGUGAUCGACUAAGGAGUGUCUCAGAACGUUACAAAAUGUGGAUUUUUAACACGAUCUCUGUCGGGAUAGCUGGUAUUUUCUGCCUGUUAAUUGGAAUUUUCCCGGCAAAUUGGGGAAUAAUGGGUGUUUUAAUGUUUACGCUUACUAAUACAUGUAUGGCAUUGAAUACAGGAGGAUUUUACAGAUGUGGAACACUUUGUGCAAGGCAAUACGCUCAUGUUGUUCUCACGGUUAUACAAUUUAUGAAAUGUGUUUCCUUAUUUGUGGCACCUGGUUUGGUUGCAAUUUUUGUACAUGACGAAAAUCGAUACGAUCAAUGGCGUUACGUGUUUUGGCUUAAUGGAGUUGCUUUAAUUAUCGCUAACUUCAUGUUCUAUCCGAUAGCCUCAGACCAGCCAGCCUCAUUCACUAACAUAACAAGAGAAAGCGUUAAGGCCGCACGGAAGUCAAAAGAAGAAAAUGCUGACGCCGAAGAGCUGAGCGAUAAGUUUUAA